ACAAAACUUAAUCCACACACCAAAUUUGAAAAUAAUUGGAACAAAAUUGUGGACAGUGACGAUAACCACAAAGAUUCAAGGUUAAGUGAACCGAGCACCGAUAACGCAGUCGAUUGGCCGAGUUGUUAGAGCGGCGGUAUUUCGGUUACAUCUGUGUCCGAGUUCAAAUCCACCCCAGCUCCUUUUUCUUUUUCAGAUAAAAAGAAUCUGUCAAGUGAGAAAGAUGACUUAAUCAAUCUUUGCCCCGCUUUAUAUAUUUAUACAUUGGUUUCUAUAGUAUUUUUGUUCCAGGUUUAUUAUUAUAACAUCUAAGUGAAGUAACCUCGAUUUGGCCACCGGGAUUUCCCCACGUCCCUAAUUAUACGCAGUAUAAAAGGAAGUGUAAAACUUCAAAAACUUUAUUCAGAAUUCGUAUUCAUACAUUUAAAAACAUGGGAUGACUUUAGUAACUUUUUUUUUAAAGAUUUUCCCAACUUCAGCUGAUAAUCGUCGUUGUGUGAAAUUUAAAUAUGGAUGAUUGUUUAUCUUCAAGAAGUGACUCUGAGGAGUCUAUAGAAUUGACUAAUGAGCAUGUAAAACAAAUUUUCAGUUCUCUAACAAGUGAGAACAGUACUAGUCUUCUUCAAAGUAAUGAUAUAACAAAGGCAUCAGAAACAACCCCCAAAUUAGUUUUCAUUGAACAACCACAGUCACGUGGAUUCAGAUUUCGAUACAAGUGUGAAGGACCAUCUCAUGGAGGUUUGCAAGGUGCCCAUAGCCAAAAGUCUAAAAGGACUUAUCCAACAGUACAAAUCUUGAAUUAUAAAGGACCAGCUCUUUUUGUCGUCAGUUUGGUCACUGAUGAUCCUGAACCCUAUUUACAUGCUCACGAACUUGUUGGUAAAAACUGCAGCAAGGGUAUUUGCACAAUUGAAGUCCCAAGUACUAACAAUCCUACCUGCAAGUUGCAAAACAUUGGUGUGAUGCACGUGACAAAGCGUAAAGUUAUCGAUAUUCUGAGAGAACGAAUCUUAGAAUCCAUGAUUCUUAAGAAACGUAUUGAUUCUGGUAAUGUUAAUGACACGUCUAUUAAUGCUGAUGAGAAUGAAAUCAAUGAUGCUGAAGAAUCAGCCAGAAAGCAAGGCAAGAAUAUGUCACUGAAUGUUGUGAGACUUAAUUUCCAGGCAUACCUCUAUAGCAAAGAAGACAAUAAAUUUUCCAUUUCAUUGCCUUCUGUUGUUUCAAAUCCAGUUUUUGACAGUAAAUCGCUUCGUGCAGCUAAUUUAAAAAUUAUUCGGAUGGACAAAUAUAGUGGUUACUGCACUGGAAAUGAAGAAGUCUAUUUACUGUGUGACAGAAUAUCAAGAGAUGAUGUUAGUGUGGUUUUUUCUGAGAAUGAUAAUUCUCCUGACCAGUGGCGAGCGUUAGCAGACUUUGGGGCAACAGAUAUACACAAGCAAUAUGCUAUUGUGUUUAAAACGCCACCAUAUCAUAAUAUACAUAUCAGUAAACCUAUACAAGUUAACAUCCGACUGGAGAGGCCAUCUAACAAUGAAACAAGCGAAGCAAUGAUCUUCACAUAUUACCCAAAAUGCCCAGCUGGAUGCUCUUCAUGUUGCCAACACUCAACUGUUUCCAAACAAGAUGACAAUGAACUCAACAUUAAGCGAAGCAAAACGCUUGUGCAAAUUAAUGGCCAGCCAACAUCAAGCAGUGAUGAUGACAAUUCUGAAGAGACUUGUUCUCAUGAAAAUUCUUUACCAUUAUAUUUUGUUAAUGGUGAUGCUGAACGAUCAGGUCAACAGACUAAUUCUCAGAACAAUUUAACCCUAAACUCUGUGAAAGAUUCUGAUGUGCCAACUCAUCUGGAGAAACAUAGAGAAUGUACUGAACCUAUAGAGAAUGAGAGAGAUGAGACUGAAGCUGCUGGAUUUGAAUCUGAUGGUGAUUCAAACUAUACAGAUUCAACCUUUGAUGAUGAAAUUGAUUAUGAAUACAUGUCUGAAAAAUCCCUGCAAGCUUUACGGAGUUUUGUGAAAACUGGCAAUUCUGAAGAGUUAUUGUUUCAUCACCGGGAGUCAAUGAGUAUUCCUGAUGACAAUGGCAAUAACCUCCUGCAUCUUGCUGUCAUGAACAAUCAAGUUGACAUUGUGAAAAAAUUACUAAAAGUUUUGGUAACUACUCAAUAUGAUAUAGACUGCAAGAAUUCUAAUUUACAGACUUGCCUUCAUUUAGCUGUAUUGUUAAAUCGAAAACCAAUAGUUCAACUGUUGUUGCGCAACGGUGCCAACCAAGCACUUGUUGAUUCCAGUGGUAAUAAUCCUUUACAUCUGGCAGUCAUCCAUAACAACAUAGAAUGCUUAAAAGAACUUUUGUGGCCAUUGGAGACCGAAGAUUGGAGCUACAGAAUCAGUCAAUGCCUGAAGACCUGUAAUUCUGAAGGUUUUAAACCCUUGAACUUAGCAUUUAUUAACGGAAACACAGAUGCAAUGAAUUUUCUCCAACAGGUUGAAGACAGUGUAAGCAAUGAACAAAUGGAAUUAGAUAUUUCCAUGAAAAUCAUGAAAAACUUUCAGGAUGCAUAUUUAAAAACUGAGAGCAAGACGGUUUCAUCAAUAGAGGAAACGACUUUAUCUCAAGGAGAUAUGCACAAAAUGUCAGAAGAGACACGGACAGAGUUAGCUUCCAUGUUAGACUAUGAAGAUUUGAAGAUGAACUGGAGGGACCUUGCUCUACAUCUUGAUCUGCUCUACAUAAUUGAUGAAGCUUCCCAUUUUGAUAGUCCAACAAAAGCUAUUCUGGAUAUCUUUGAAGUACAGACAUUAUUCUUUCUUUUUCACUGUCUUUCCAGUUGGGAAUUAGGGCAAACAUAUAUUUACAUCUCAUUAAUCACUUAGAGAAUUAUAAGGGUCUAAACAGCAAACCUUUGAAAAUAAAGAUACCAAAGGCAGCAGUCCCAAAACAUCUAACAACUAAUUUAUAUAUUUCAUUGAUUGCAGUUGUGAUAUACUGUAUGCAUAGUAAAUACAUCUGACACUAUUAAUUCUGUUAGCACUCUGGUGAUGUGUGGUUAUUUAAUAGUGUUUAAAUUUUUAGCAUUUAAAUAUUCUACCUGUUUUUCUGCUUAAACUGGCCAGUUCCUGCCUCUUGUACCUACCCUAGAGUGUCAUUUGAAAAAUAAACAAACACAUCAAAAUCUGAAAGCUACAGGAUAAAGCAUGAUCAGUUCAAAACAUUGUGAAGAUGUAGGCAUUACAUUUGACAGUAAUUUAAAUGCUAGAGGGUUAAAAACGAUCAUUUUUAAUUUUUAAAGA